GACAUUUAAUCACUCGACUUCCUCGACAACCGCCACAACCGUCAAGAUGGUCAACAUUCCUAAGACCAGACGCACCUACUGCAAGGGCAAGGACUGCAAGAAGCACACCCAGCACAAGGUCACACAAUACAAGGCCGGAAAGGCCUCCCUGUUCGCGCAAGGAAAGCGUCGUUACGAUCGCAAGCAAUCCGGUUAUGGUGGUCAAACAAAGCCUGUGUUCCACAAGAAGGCUAAGACAACGAAGAAGGUUGUGUUGAGAUUGGAGUGCACAGCGUGCAAGACAAAGGCACAAUUGGCGUUGAAGCGAUGCAAGCACUUCGAACUUGGUGGUGACAAGAAGACCAAGGGUGCUGCUUUGGUGUUCUAGAUGUGCUACGACGAUUGUUCUUUCGCAUGGGCAUGGGACACGGGGUU